AAAAGGCUGCUUCGGGAAUUAGGCUUGGUUGCCACCCGUUGAAACAGAUCUCAAACCUUCUGCAUAAGGGGGUACUGGUCUGGGAUCAUUUCCUAGACACAGAGGCUGUCUUUCCACCAGAGCUGCCCUGUGAGACUGAAUCCCAGGAAAAACUGAAGUGCAAUAAAGGAAAAGUAGUUGAGAUAAGUGUAGUUCCGGUUAGGAAGUUCUCUGUGUGGCUGCAAGGGACCCUUCAAACAUCCUGCGGCACAGCCGCUCCACUCGCCGAGCUGGCCACUGCAGGAGAGGAGCCGAAGCCCACGCGUUUCCUUGCGUAAGUGCUUGAGCCUCGGUGCAGCCAGGAGUCGCCUUUCGCCCAGCAUUCACCCCAGGCGUAGAGCUGUCAGAUGUGCUUUCUUGAGACGUGGUUCCUAACACACGGUGACUGUGCAAAGCUGAUGUCUUCAUCCUGCCGUAAUUAUCUGUAUUGCUCCAAGUGACGCUGCUGGUGGAUGACAACAAUGGAUAAAAACCUAAGAAUCAACAGCACUGCAAAGAAUACCUUGGCAAAGGCACUAUACGACAACAAAGCCGAGUGCUCGGAUGAGCUGGCCUUCCGCAAAGGAGACAUCCUGACGGUUCUGGACCAAAAUGUCAUUGGCAGCGAGGGCUGGUGGAAAUGCUCCCUCCACGGCAGGCAGGGCCUGGCCCCCCCCCACCGCCUCCAGCUCCUCCCCGCCUCUCAGGCUGCCCUGCUGCCCCCUUCCACCCACAGCGACCCUGCGGAGCCGCCAGCAGGACAACAGAACAUCUACCAGGUUCCCUCCGUCCCCAAGCCUACCGUGUUGUCGUCUACCUAUGAGAAGAUGGAGGGGUGGGUUAAACCUCCAGCGAGGGUCUCUACCCUACCCGUCCAAGGAAUUUAUCAGGUACCAGCCUUGGCUGCACAACUGCUCAGUGAAAGAACCCAAAGCUCAACAAACCAGCUGCUUACUCUCCCGCGAGCAUGCCGGGCUUCAGUCCCCAACAUCAGGAGUGAAGUGUAUGAUGUUCCAUCCACGCAGCGCCAGGAGUCCUUACUCACGCAGAGUGGUGCCACUCCGCCUGCCACACGAAAGGGCUCUGUGCUGGUCAGAUCCACCGAGUGUUUCCAGAAGGAGCAGAAGCAGCUUUACAACAUCCUGUCCAGCCCAAAAAAGGCAGGAGCUGUUAUCCAGAAAGACUCACCAGCGGGCAAUUUGUAUGAUGUCCCUCCCAAAAGAGAAACUGACAUUUCAGAAAAUGAAUCUCAGAAAAAGUUCUGGGGCCAUUACAAUACCUUGCCAAAUCCUCGGAAGUCAGAAUGGAUUUAUGAUAUUCCAGUAUCACCUGAAAAAACAGGAUUAAAACAAAACCCUCCUGGCCAUUCCUUGGAGAACCAGGUGCUGUAUGAUAUACCACCAGCCAGGCACAAGGCACUAACAACAAAUACCGAAGCCAAAGUUGUAAAUCCACAAUUAUAUAAUAUUCCACCAACACAGCGGAAAUUAACGUUUCCAGAUGUCCAUUUCUAUGAUGUUCCAUCCUCACGGGAUGUGCUCCUUUUGCCACAAAACAGUGGCUGUGAUGUAGCCCCAAGCCUCCUGGCUCCAAAGGCUGAGACUCAGAUCUCUGAAGAGAAUGUUUAUGAUAUUCCGAAAGGUCUGCCCACCACUUUGCAAUCCAAGAAAGAGAUGGAAAAAACCAGCGAUAGUUCUGGAGACCAAGCAUACCAUGCUCCUCCACAGUUCUCAAAAGAUGCCAAAUUAGAACAGGACAGCUUAUCUGUUUCUAGUGGGGACAGCAGAAGCAGCACGCUCUCUACAUCCUCAAACUCUCCUUCUGAGUUGUCUUCUAUGUCAUCAUCAUCAUCAUCAGAAGAGCCUGCCAAAGAAAUUAAACUGGACCUUGACGUAGCCAUAGAGACACUGACUAGAUUGCAGCACAGCGUAUCCAGCUCAGUUGCGAGUUUAAUGAUCUUUGUGAGUAGUAAAUGGCGAUUACAAGAGCACCUAGAGAAAAGCAUUGAAGAAAUCCAUAGAGCAGUCGAUCACAUAAAAGUGUCACUGGGAGAAUUCUUGGCCUUUGCUCAAGUUGUAAAGGUAAAUGCCUCUUACCUCACUGAUAACAAUCUUCAGACCAGAAUUAACAAGCAACUAGAAAUUCUUACGAACUCAUUCAAAAUCUUAACAGAAACAAGAGAAGCUCUAAACAACUGCAACUGGUCACUAGAGGCUUUGGUCCUCAGGAAACCUCAAAACAACCCGGAUGAUCUUGAUCGCUUUGUUAUGGUAGCCCGCACGAUUCCAGAUGACAUCAAGAGGCUUGUAUCCAUCGUCAUUGCCAAUGGAAAGCUCCUCUUCAGAAAGGAUGAGACGGAACAAGAAACGAAGCAAUCAAAAGUGAACCCAGAAUACAAAAUGGCAAAACAAAUCACAGUGCCCAGAAGAGUAGAAAUAGAUUCACUUCAAAGAAAAAGUCCUGAUAAACCCAAACAAAGUCAGGUCUCUUCUGAGAAACCAAAAGAAAAUGCCGCUGAGGACUGUGAUUAUGUUCAGUUACAGGCACAGAAAAUAAUUUCAGGUAGAGAAGUAGCAAAGAAGAGUACAGAUUCAAAACCAAAGGUUUUGCCAUCUGCAAAAAAGACUGUAAUUCAAAGCAAGCCAGACUCUACAAAGAAAAUCACUCUCCCAGAACACUGUAAGCUGUGUUUUACUGCACUUCACAAGGCGAUUUGUGUGUUUACUAAUAGUCUGAGCAACAACCAGCCACCCGAAGUCUUCAUAUCCCACAGCAAAUUGAUCAUUAUGGUGGGACAAAAGCUAGUGGAUUCCCUCUGCCAUGAAACUCAAGAGAGAGAUGCUCGGAACGACAUUCUCCACAGCAGCAGCCGGUUUUGCAGCCUCUUGAAGAAUCUGGCUCUCGCCACCAAAAAUGCCGCAAUACAAUAUCCAAAUGCAGAUGCCAUGAGGGAACUUCAGGAUCAAACACAGGAGCUGUCUAAGUACACACAGCAGUUUAGAGCAAUGAUGGAAUGAAAGACACUUUGCUGGUUUUACAAAUUCUCCAUCCUUGCUGCUCCUUUGGCACGUGGCAGCCAAGGGGGGGCAAAAGCAGCUCAGCGGCACCAACUUUCAGUCACCUCUAGGAAGUCCUGCCGGGCAGUUCCCUGGGUGCCAGGGCACUUGUAGCAGGUGAAGAUCCACACAAUGGCAGAUGCAGAAGUGGAUUUGUAGAAUUAAAUCUGUGCUUUCUCCUCCAUUGUUCAGAUCCCACCUGGAAAUGUCAUCUUGGCAGCUGGGCAGGAAUGUUUGCUGUGUAUUAGAGCAAAAUUAUUUAUUAUCUGGCUGAUUUCUUUUUUUUUUUAUAGGUCAGGUAGAUUUUUUUUUUUUCUAUUUGGGUAUGUAAAGUCUCUCUUUAAAAUGUUGCUUCACAAUGUUCUGUAAGUUAUGGUAUCCCAUUAUCAGCUGUUUCUUGAGGACUUACUCAAAAUCUGUAAUUACAAUUUCUUUUUUUUUUUUUUUUUACAGCUGCAAAGCUAACUUUUAUUCUUCAUGUACAAAUGCAAUGAAUGUAUUACAGGACAAAAUCUGGCAGGUACCACACAUGGCUUAGAUGUUAAUGGGAAAUGCUCCAGCUGGUGUCUGAGCGCAGAAGGAAAACUGACUUGGAGGAGUCCUGGCUCCCAAUAAAUCUGUGGGGAGUGCACCUCAGCCGUCCUCCGUUGCAGCUCGAAGCCAUUCAGAGCAUUGUUCCAACAUAAAAAGGAAUUUAUUUUAGUCACUUUGGACAAGCUGUCCCACAAACUGGAACCAUGAUGUAAUUUCUGCUGGUCACCCAGAGCACCUGCGCUGGGGGGGCUGCCCAGGGCUCCUCAGGCCGGCCCUUGCUACGUUCGUUUGUGUAGCUCAUUAACUUAAUCCCUAAAUUUGCUGGAUCUGAAAUACAAUGAAGGCCCUGUAACCACGCAGGUAGCCUGUUUGUACCCCUGCUUUAUUUCUGUUUUUCCUAAUUAAUUUAAAGUUUUUACCUGAAAUUUCGAGGUCUGGCCUUUCGGGGCAACACCGUACCCAUGUCUUUGCUCUGAAGAUGCACAAUGAAUUUUGGGAGUAGUUACGGCUCAUUCGCACUGCACCGGCCCGCACGCUCCAGGGGCCGGGGGGGAAACCUGCUCCCUCAUCGUCCCCACGGUUUUAUUUUUACUUGGCAGUCACCGUGUUUUACACCGUUAUUUAAACGUCGACAGCUGUUUUCUCGUUGGCUUUGUAUGUUUUGUAUUAAACUCAC